UAAUUAAAUUUAGUCUUUUGAAAAUGGAUGGAUUCAGUCAUUCGGAUAUAAAGGCACUUCAAUCAUUAUUAUCGGUUGAGAAUGAAGAUUCUGACUCGGAUGGUGAUCUCGACCAGAAGGGAAAAUAUAAAUUAGGGCCUGGACACAUUGGACCCCCGAAAGACUCGAAAACCAUGGGAAUUAGUCCUCAUGAAUCCCUGAAGCCCGUUGGCCACGAUAUUUGGCACCAAUCGGAAAUAACAACUUCACAAAUUACUGAAGUUCUGGACUCAAGAGCGCAACCGGAAUAUGAAAUUAAGUUCAAACAGGCAGUUACCACUGAAGACGUAUUUCUUGGUAUGGGAUUUAAGACACCUGCAUCGACAUCCUGUGAGUGGCUGUCUAUCUCAAUAAAAAUGUCAGGAGAAGAGAGAGAAAAAAUCGAUCUACAAGUGGAAAGAGAUUCCAUAGAUAUUCGAAGUCCCAAAUAUCGACUCCACCUGCCAACCCCUCACUCAGUGGAUCCAAAUUCCUCUACAGCAAAAUGGCACGAGGAUAUAUCAACUCUCGAGUUAAAUUUGAGAAUGACCCGAGAACUAGACGGUGUGAACUUUUAACUUCCCAACGGUUCCCCAAUGUUUUUUAAUUAAAUAGUAUUCAACGUGAAAUUCUCUCGAUAACAGCUUGAAGAGACUGGAUGAGAGAACGUUUGAGAUGAUAAAUAAAUAAAAUCGAUUUAAAAAAAUA